AUUAUUGUUUUUAUAACGUUAAUUUGGAAGGAGAAUUAGAUCUUAACGAUUUUGUUAAUUUGAACGAAUUAUAUAUCUUUGGGGUUGGUCAAGAUAAGAAUAAACUACAAAAACUAACUAGCUUGAUGGUUAAUAAAUGUACUAAGUUAACUAAGAUUACAAUUAAUUAUACUACCCUUGGUUAUUUAAGCUUAGGUAGUAAACCAAAAUUACAAUCUGUUAGUUUCACUAGCAACAGACAGAUCUAUUUUUGUGACCAUGUAUUAAAAGAUCAAAUAGGAAAAUUAAAUAGUUUAAUCCUUUCUAAAGACAACAGUGAUCUAAAAUUAGAGGCCAAGAAAGUUAAUGAGGAGUGCUUGGAGUACCAAUUGAGUCUUGCUAAAAGUAAUAUGGAUGAAAGUAAUCAACUAUGGUUAGAAAGCUUGGUAGAUUCUCAAAAAGAAGUUUUACAUAAUAAUAGCGCUUAUGCCCGUAAACAAUUAGAAAGAUGUAAAAAAAUAUUGACUGAAGUGCUAUCUGCUGAAGAAAUCCAAGAUAUUUUAGGAAAAAUGAUAGAAAUCAAUGAAUUAGAAACUCAAUCAAAUAAACUCAACAAACUAACUUUAAAAGAUUAA